ACAUCCAGUAGGCAGAGGAGUGUGCACGCACUCUGAGAGGAUUGUGUGUUUGGACUUUUGACAUAAAUCUUGAUCAAUAGAUUUUCUUUUAAAUUCAACAACAGUGUGUGUAGGGUGCAGACUGUUGCAGUUUGCAGCUGACUGUCAGCUGUGGAGAGCGCAUCUUUACAAUGAAGUGGAGAAGCAUCAUCUUAUUUGUGUCUGUCUGCUCCUUUUCUGCUUAUUACAUUUAUGAACCCCUUCCUGAACAGAUGGAACAGAAAUGGAAAAUUAUGCUCACCAACUCUUUCUUCAGAACUCUCAGCCAUGUGGCAGACUUCAGUGAGUUAGUGGGGCUGCAGCACUAUAUGGGUGUGAUGUACCUCAUUACUCUGAUUGAGAAAGUAGUUCCAUUGUCUGAUGCACAUGUCCAGGUCAUAGAGGAGUCUUUUGAAGGAGUGGAUGUACUUGUGUAUCAGCCACAGCAGAAAGCAGAUAGCAGUGAUCUCAGAAGAGCUGUGGUAUACCUGCAUGGUGGGGGCUGGUGUCUAGGCAGUCCUAGAAUGAGCCCAUAUGAUCUCUUGGCCAGGAAGAUUGUAAAGGAGCUAAAUGCUGUUGUUCUUUCUGUAGAUUAUCGUCUUGCUCCUCCUCACCACUUCCCUGAGCCAUAUGAGGAUGUGUACCGAGUGGUGAAACGUUUCCUCCAGAAGGAGGUGCUGGCACAGUAUUCUGUGCACCCAGGACGUGUCGCUGUGUCCGGGGACAGUGCAGGGGGGAACUUGGCAGCUGCGGUCACUCAGCAGUUACUGAAUGAUCCAGAGCAACAAGUUAAUUUCAAGGCUCAAGGUCUACUGUACCCAGUGAUGCAGGCCCUGGACCUCAACACACCAUCAUACCAGCAGAAUCAGGACAUGCCCCUCCUGCCACGUACCCUCAUGGUGCGCUUUUGGAGCGAGUACUUCACCAGUGACAAAAAACUAUUCAGCGCAAUGAUGGCUAACUUACAUAACAGCCCUGAGUCUUCUACUCUGCUGAAGUUUGUUAACUGGAGUGCCUUCUUACCUGAAAGAUACCAUAAACAGUACAAUUACAGUGCACCAGUGGUGAUGCAGGAAAAGAGCAAGGCAUUAGAUAGACAAUGGCGUUGGAUUGGAGACCCCAGAGCAUCCCCCCUGUUGGUUCCAGAUUCAGCUCUGCAUGCUCUGCCAAAGACCUAUGUCCUGACCUGCGAGUUUGAUGUCCUGCGAGACGACGGGGUCAUGUAUGUCACACGACUGCGCGCGGCUGGUGUGGACGUGACGCAUCAUCACUAUGAGACAGGAUUCCAUGGAGCAAUGAUGUUCACUGUGUGGCCAACUGAUUUCCUGAUAGCACACCUAAUGACUGACAACUUUGUCAAAUGGCUACAAGUGAGCUUGUAAAAACAAAGACAAUAUUUGAAUUAUUUCAUUCCUCUUUUUAUCUUGUAUUAUACAAAUGCACAUGACAAAUGCUUUUGGAAGCUGGUGCAAAGUGUGUGAAGAAUGCUGAUGUAUAGACCACUGUGAUUCAAGAUGACUGUACAUUUUUGAAAAGAAACAGAGGAAGCACAGUGUUUGACACUUGAAUGUAAAAAAUAGUGUAUUGACAAAACAACUGAGGGAAAAAACAACAGCUAUUUAGACCAUAGUUUUUUUCCCCAGGGCCCAUUUACUUACUUUCAUAUACUAAGGUAAUAUAACCUUGACAAACUGUUUAGUUGAUAAAUGCACUGAACUUCUUGUGGGAGUGUUGCUUUUUGCACAAAUAUGUUCUAUAGAUAAAUACAUGUAAUAUAUUUCACUUUAAGUCAUGUUAAUCAUUAUUGAUCAUAUGUUAAUCAUUGUUCAACUGUAACUGUUUAUUUUCAUGAAAAGAAAACCCUAUAACUGAAACAUAUCCCAUAUUCUUUAUUUUAUUUUAUUUGUUGUCAGUACAAGAAGCAUGUGCACAUCGAAAAGAGAAAACAAAUAUUGGCUCAAAGGGAAUAUGUAGAAGUUCAAGGAACUUGUAGGGUCCUACUCUUCAUACAUUGUUACUGUGCUUUUUACUCUGGUGAGCUACUUUUACAACUACUCGUUUGUGAACGCUAGAAACUUUAUAGUCUAUAAGUCUUGAUAACAGUGACAGUGGGCUAUAGAUGGGGUACAGGUAAAUCAUGCCCGUAAAUCCUAGAUCAUGAUCCAUUUAUCAGUGCACAGAGUUUAAACAUUAAAAGUAUACAAUGG